UCCAUUUACAUCCAAACGUCCGAGCACCGCACACAUUCGCGCACACGCACGCCGCACCGGUUGGUCGAUCGGCAAGUCGCACGACUAGGUGUAAGUGACACCCCCGUUCGUCCCGUCAACGUCCGAAAACUAUAAUAUUUUGAAACCUGAACCAUACGUCGACCAUGGAAGUGGACAAUUACGGGCCAGUCGUGAAGAUGGGCUCCGGGCACGAGCUGCGGUUCGAGGACGACGCCGAUUUCGAAGAGUUGUACAAGGAGCGAGCCGUGAACGAACUGCGCGAGACGCCGGAGCGCCGGGCAGAAGCUCUAGAGGAACUCCGGAGACUUAUCAGAGAGGAGAAAAAACUUUACCUUCCAACUGACGAAACCACAGAACUGUACUUGUUAGCCUUCUUGAGAGUCUGCAAAUUCUACCCGGAUAGUGCAUUCAAAAGGGUGAAAUUUUUGUACAAAUUACGCCAGAAAAAUCCAAAGUACUGCAAUGACUUACUACCGAGCUUAGAAAAAAAUGUCUUUGCUCAAAAUAUUCUUACAGUCUUACCAUCACGUGAUCAACAUGGAAGGAGAAUAUUAAUCACAGAAUGUGGACAGAGAUGGAAAAUUAAAAAUUGCACACUGACAGAGAUCUUUCGCGGUGUCGAGCUGGUAAUUGAAGCGGCUAUUCUCGAGCCUAGAACUCAAGUGUCGGGCACUGUGCUGUUGGUUGACUUUGCUGGUCUGACCAUAAACCACGUGUGGCAAUUCACGCCAAACUUCGCUAAACUUGUUUUGGACUGGAUACAGUAUUCAAUGCCCGCAAGACUUAAAGAAGUGCACAUCGUAAAUCAACCAUACAUAUUUAACAUGGUUUUUGCAAUGUUCAAACCAUUUAUGCAAGAAAAAUUAAGAAAUAGAAUGCUUUUGCACGGUUAUGAUCACUCAUCAUUAUUAGCACAUCUGGAUGCCAAAUGUUUACCAACUAAAUACGGUGGUCUCAUGGACAUAGAAACCGACCAAGGCAUAGAUUUAUGGAACUUACUGUGUUAUUACGAAGACAACUAUAAAGUGACAAAUGAAUUCGGCUACAAAAAGAAGAAAUAAUCAAAAAUAAUUUAUGAAACUCAAUACCUAGACUAGACUCGUGUAUUUUAUGUUAUUUAAUACUACGUACUAUUAUAAAUGUAGAUUUUAAUUAUUUUUUAUUGGGUUAUUGACCAAAAAUAUGAAUAUUUAUAUAUUUAUAUAUAUAUAUAUAUACACUUAUUUUUUUUAACACCUAAUUAAUUUUCUGUAUUUAUUAUUUUAUUCAAAUGUAUUUGUUAUAUUAUAGUGACUUUCUACACAAAUUAUCGAAUUAAAUCAAAUUAUUAUAUGA